GUCCGGCAGCAGCAAUAGGUUCCCUGGCCGUGUAGUGACGUCAGGAGCGGCGGCCAUUUUCCCCUGGUCUGAGCUCCGCCUUCCUUCUAUCAUUCCCACAAGGCAGCAGGAGCAGAGAGCAGCCAUUGCUGUGUCUGGCAGCAGCAGGACGACACCAUAGUGAAGAAGACAUCUGGUGAGCAUGAGACCCCCAGCAACCAUCCUCGUGUUGCAGGUGGACUAAGCAGGACCUAGAGCCCCAUCACGGUGCCUCCACCUCACUCACUGACACAUAAGAGACACAAUGACCAGAAGAUACUGGAACUCACCAACAAGAUCAUUCAGCUGCUGACUGGAGAGGAGGAGGAGUAUGUAGAGGAACACAGGGGUCUGUACAAGGACGUGAUGAUGGAGAAUCACCGGCCCCUCACAUCACUGGAUGGGCCCAGUAACAGAGAUACCCCAGAGAGAUGUCCCCGUCCUCUGUAUUCCCAGAAUUGUACAGAGGAGAAUCACAGGACCCCACAGGAGGAUCAGGUAGAACGUCUGUCUGAUAUUAAAACAGAAGAUACAGAGGGAGAAGAAGAGACGUAUAUGACUGAUAUAAUGGCAGAAGAUAUAGAGGGAGAAGAGACGUAUGUGACUGAUAUAAAGUCAGAAGAUACAGCGGGAGAAGAAGAGACGUAUGUGACUGAUAUAAAGGCAGAAGAUACAGAGGGAGAAGAAGAGACGUAUGUGACUGAUAUAAAGGCAGAAGAUACAGAGGGAGAAGAAGAGACGUAUGUGACUGAUAUAAAGGCAGAAGAUAUAGAGGGAGAAGAAGAGACGUAUAUGACUGAUAUAAUGGCAGAAGAUAUAGAGUGAGAAGAAGAGACGUAUGUGACUGAUAUAAAGGCAGAAGAUAUAGAGGGAGAAGAAGAGAUGUAUGUGACUGAUAUAAAGGCAGAAGAUAUAGAGGGAGAAGAAGAGACGUAUGUGACUGAUAUAAAGGCAGAAGAUAUAGAGGGAGAAGAAGAGACGUAUGUGAGGGGUGAUCAGCAGUGUAAGGAGGAGGAAAUCCCUACAGAUAUCAGCACAGCAGAUGGACACACAAGCAGGAAUAUCUCAGAAGGACGUCUAAUGUUAUCCCCGGAUUGUGACAUAAAAGAUAAUGACA